AUUAAGUAAAUGGAAUUAUUUUUGUUCUGGUCGCACCGCAUAUUUUUUGUCUAAUUUUUAAGACCAAAAUGUCUGAAAUCUGUCGUGAAACGCCCGAGCUAGGGAGCGUUACAUACAGACAGACAAAGUGACAUGGUUUUUAUUUUUCUGCGUAUGCGAUUAUUAGCUUCGCCCUUAGGGCUCGCAAUAAAACGACGCGAAAAUAAAACGACGAAUUGGACCUUGCUGUCUAGCGUCUAGUCUACUGUGUACUCUGAAGAGAACUGAAACCACACGUGGGAGUGAGAUGCGCAUUCAAUAUUGAUUUGAAUCUGCAAUCGAUGCGAAUCGCGUGCAAACAUAUACGUCUUAACUCAACGGUAAACAGCAUCGCAUGGAUGUAGAAAACGAGAUAUAAACGAACGAGUUUAGCAAGUAAACGAGGAUCUUUCAGCCAAAGAGGAUCGCAAAGGAAAUGAUCGCAACCAGAGAAAUAAAAUUUGCGUUUCUGGUUGUAGGUUCGGUGAUUUUUAUUGGAAUCACGAACGCAACUAACAGCAGCGAUGUCUACUUGCGAGGCAGUUUGCAGGGAAAGGAACUACGAGUCGUUACAGGACAUUUUCCACCCUACAUUUCCAUUUUGCGGAAUUCAUCCGGCCACAUUACUGGGUAUUCACACCACAUGUAUCAUCUUUUACUCUACUUGUCGCAGAAGCUAAAGUUCACUUACAAAAUAUUCCCUGCUCGUGAAAACACCUUGGGAGUUAAGAACAACGGAAUUUGGAACGGCGUUAUAGGAGCCGUCGCUAAUCUCGAAGCCGAUAUCGGUUUAUUGCCAUUGACUGUCUCACUGGAGCGGUACGAAGCCAUUGAAUUCUGUGGAUUCGUACGCGGCGACAACACCGGCAUCCUUGUCAAAUAUCCCGACGCCAACAUUUCAUUUACCAGCGCCUUCGACGUCUUUUCGAUCGGAAUAUGGAUCGGAGGGAUAUCUUCCGGAAUAGGAAUCUGUGCCCUUUCUGUCAUUUUUUCUUACCUGACAAAACGAUUGCGCAUUAACGAUUGGCCGGCGAUGAGUGCUGAGCAUUUUUUAUGGCACUUGUAUGGAACCACGAUUUCUCAAGGGGUAUAUUUUCCGUGCCGACAACCAUCGCAGAAACUUCUCGUUGCGACCUGGUGUUUCGCAACUUUUGUCUUCGUCAACAUUUACAACUCGACUUUGAGGUCUUACAUGUCGGUGACUUAUCAAAGACCCGAAAUCAAUUCCUUUCGCGAUUUGGCUACUGCCACAAAUUACAAGGCCACUGUCUUAAUCGGAUCUAUUCAAGACAUCGAUUUGCGGGUGGUGAUGGAGGUUUAUCUGUCUCAGUAUAUAAUCUAAAUUAACUAGCACAAAUUAAUUUUGGCGGUUGUAAUAGCGAUACCAAAAUGGUGAUCUGAAAAUGAUCGCCGAUCGAGUCAAGAAAUGUGCACUGGAUUGCAGGAAAUUCUCCUUCGAUGAACUGGCCGUUUCGGUUUUAGAGCAAGAGAACUGCGUUUCCAUUUUAGUUAUAUAAGCUAAUUUUUUAUCUUAUUCAUAUUUGUUUCUUUUAUAAUUCGAUAUUCAUUUCUCGAAUGCAACAGCCAUUUUCAGCUGGCGUAGCUCUCCUGGGAAAGUACAAUUUCCAAAGAAGUUGCCGUCUGGCUAUGGCGUUCGAGUCAACUUCGUGGAAGCCCAUGUACUUGGCCGUUCCUAAAUCGAGUCCCUACAAAGAAGAAAUCCAACGAGCAUCGUUGUGGUUCUAUGACACUGGACUGCGGGAUCACUGGUUCGAUGUCUAUGAGAAACCGCCCGGACAGUGUCGACUGGACUACAACAGCAAGGGCGUUGCGACCAAGAGAUCCAGCAAUCAAAUCAAACUCGAACAGUUGCAUCUACCAUUUCUGAUUCUUUUUGGUGGCUAUUUAAUAGCCUUCAUGCAGUUUCUAAGGGAGAAAUUCAUCUGCCCACUUCAAUAAUAAGGUGUGAUUUUUUUUAAUAACUAUAAUCCACAAGCAACUCUGUACAAUAAAGUUCUUAUUUAAUCUCCUUAAAUUUGGAACAAGUGUCGAUCUGUAGGCCUACUGAAAGU